CAAUGACGGUAGACAAUGAAAGAACUGCCUAUUCGUUCAGUGGAUUUCCUAACGCAUUGUAACAUCCAUGUAAGACUAUUCUUUUAUUCUGCACCGCACCGCCCCCCCAUAAAAACACCUGCCCAGUGUCUUUCGCAAGAACCAAUUAUUCCACAUAUAGCUUUCUCAGUGUUAGAAUUUGCCCUGCUGGCUGGCCGCCUGUUAGCCGUAGAGGAAAUGGCCUCUGGUAAAGCAUAUAUUGGAAAACCAGUUCCAGAUUUUCGUGCUACAGCAGUGGUGGAUGGCAACAUCAAGGAUAUAAAGUUAUCAGACUACAGAGGCAAAUAUGUGGUUCUGUUCUUCUACCCACUGGAUUUUACCUUUGUCUGUCCCACUGAGAUCGUAGCUUUCAACGAUCGAGUUGAGGAAUUCCGCAAGAUUAAUUGUGAGGUUAUUGCUGCUUCUGUCGACUCUCAGUUUACUCAUUUGGCUUGGACAAAUACAGCAAGAAAGGAUGGUGGCUUGGGUUCGACAAAUAUCCCACUUGUGGCAGACAUCAAUCAUAACAUUUGUAAGGAUUACGGUGUGCUCAAGGAAGAGGAUGGCAUUGCAUACAGAGGUCUGUUCAUAAUAGAUGAUAAAGGCAUCCUGCGACAGAUCACAAUCAACGAUCUACCUGUGGGACGUUCUGUGGAUGAGACAUUGCGCCUGGUUCAAGCCUUCCAAUUCACAGACCAGCAUGGUGAAGUGUGCCCAGCUGGCUGGCAACCUGGCGGUGACACCAUCAAGCCCACUGUGAAAGACAGCAAGCUUUUCUUUGCCAAGCAACAGUAGAUUUCUUCUUUUGUAUGCUCUAUUACUGAAGUAAUUUGGUUUAAUGUAAAGGGAUUUCCAGUAAAUUCUGGGAGGUUUGGGAGAUAAUUUGUCUAUAAAAGUCGGCUGCUGUAUAAGUAAUGGCCCAUAGAACUAGAUUAAAUGCAAACUUCAGUUGGGCAUCUUCAUUCCUCAGUAAAAUUGAUCAUUAAAGGAAGCCUGAUGGUACCUUCUAA